CCUCCACCCUCCUCUCUCACACGUGCCCAUGUACUUUAAUGGAGUGGACAGCUCCCUCGCGCGCGCACACGUAUCAGCACUUCUUACCUCCUACAACACGAGUAGCCCAAAAUUAAAGCGUCUCGUGUGUGAGCACAGCCAAGCACAGAAAUGGCAACAGAAACUCUGGACAAACAAAAGACGAUCGAUCUUCGGAAGAAACACGUCGGUCCGUCUUGCAAAGUGUUCUUCAGUCAUGACCCUAUCAAAAUCGUGCGGGCGAGAGGUCAAUACAUGUACAAUGAAAAAGAGGAAAGAUAUCUGGAUUGCAUAAAUAAUGUAGCUCAUGUGGGUCAUUCCCAUCCAGACGUGGUGAAAGCAGGAGCAAAGCAAAUGGAGCUUCUCAACACCAACUCUCGCUUCCUGCACGACAAUCUCGUCUUGUAUGCUCAGCGUCUCCAAGCCACCCUUCCUGAAAAGCUUUCUGUCUGCUACUUCGUCAACUCCGGGUCAGAGGCAAAUGAUCUGGCCCUGAGGCUGGCUUGGCAGCACACCGGCCACAAAGACAUCAUUACACUGGAGAAUGCCUACCACGGUCACGUGUCAUCGCUCAUUGAUAUCAGUCCAUAUAAGUUUCAUCAGAUGGCCGGUGCCGAGCAGAGCCAGCAUGUGCACGUGGCUCUGAGUCCAGACAUUUACAGAGGCAAAUAUCGUGAAGACCACCCCGAUCCUGCCACUGCCUAUGCUGAUAAUGUCAAGGAAAUAAUUGAACAGGCGCACAACAAGGGACGAAAGAUUGCUGCUUUUAUCGCUGAGUCGCUGCAGAGUUGUGGAGGACAGGUCAUUCCUCCUGUGGGCUACUUCCAGAAAGUGGCACAGCAUGUAAGAAAAGCAGGAGGACUUUUCAUUGCUGAUGAGGUCCAGGUGGGCUUUGGCAGAGUGGGUUCUCAUUUCUGGGCGUUCCAACUACAAGGAGAAGACUUUAUACCGGAUAUUGUUACAAUGGGCAAACCAAUUGGAAAUGGUCAUCCAAUGUCAUGUGUUAUCACCACCACAGAGGUUGCAGAGAGCUUCAUGUCAUCAGGAAUGGAAUACUUCAAUACAUUUGGUGGUAACCCAGUAUCAUGUGCCAUUGGAUUGGCUGUGCUGGAUGUAAUUGAGAAGGAGGAUCUUCAAGGCAAUGCCCUGCGCGUUGGAGGCUACCUGACUCAGCUUUUGGAUAACCUAAAAGAAAAACAUCCUUUAGUGGGUGACGUGAGGGGUCAUGGCCUUUUUGUUGGGGUAGAGCUUGUGAGAGACAAGAAGCAGCGAACACCUGCUACAGCUGAAGCUCAGGAUGUCAUUUACAGACUGAAAGAGCAACGGAUUCUGCUAAGCGCUGAUGGCCCACACCGGAACGUCCUGAAGUUUAAGCCUCCCAUGUGCUUCUCUAGAGAGGAUGCUGAUCUCGCAGUGGGAAAGAUCGACCAGAUUCUGACAGACUUAGAAAGGGCAUUGAGUCUUGUUACUCCCGAAUCAACGAUCUUAGAAAAUGGGCACAGUAAGAGAAAGGAACCCAGUGAGGAAAAUGGCCACAUCCAUCCUUCAAAAGACAGCAGCCAUAAGCAGAACGCAACACAUCCAUCCAGCAAAAAAACAAAUAAGAGACUCAGAACUUAAUACACAACACACGGAUACAGCAGGGGAUUCAUCCGAGAACUGCUUUUAAUUACAGACAAUUUAAUUAUGUCUGUAAUGAUUUAUAAUCACUAAUCCAUGUUUUAAUGGAUAUGUAUGAGCAUUUUACGAUUCCUUGCCAUAUAUAUAUUUUAGAACUA